AUAGCGCUGGCUAGUCCAGGAUCAAGAUCCUCUACUUGCUGUUCUCCGGUCUAGACAUCGCAUCUUUAGCCAAGUCAGCCAGUUAGCUGUUUAUUUUUUGACAAAAUGUCAACCACGACCGGCGGCGGAGAGUUUGGCAACCCUCUACGAAAGUUCAAACUCGUCUUUUUGGGUGAACAGAGUGUUGGGAAGACCUCGCUCAUCACUAGGUUUAUGUAUGACAGUUUUGACAACACUUAUCAGGCAACAAUUGGCAUUGACUUUUUGUCAAAGACCAUGUACCUAGAAGAUCGCACGAUUCGGCUGCAGCUCUGGGAUACAGCCGGACAGGAACGUUUCCGCAGCCUCAUCCCAAGUUACAUCCGAGACUCAGCCGCUGCUGUGGUGGUUUAUGACAUAGCCAAUCUAAAUUCAUUCCAGCAAACUUCAAAGUGGAUUGAUGAUGUUAGAACAGAGAGAGGAAGUGAUGUCAUUAUCAUGCUUGUUGGGAACAAAACAGACUUGGCAGAUAAAAGACAGAUCACCACGGAGGAGGGCGAGCAGAGAGCUAAGGAACUGAAUGUCAUGUUCAUUGAAACCAGCGCAAAGACUGGCUACAAUGUCAAACAGGCCAACCCUGAAGUUGGCAUCACUCUGCUGUUCCGUCGUGUUGCUGCUGCAUUGCCAGGGAUGGAUAGCACACCAGAGAAAAGCAAAGAGGACAUGAUUGACAUCAAACUGGAAAAACAGCCAGAGAUGACUGUCACCGAGAGCAGCUGCUCAUGCUAGUACACCUCAGCCCACCCAGCCUGUCUCCUCCCCAUCAACAGCUUGUCUCUCAGUGGCCACUCUCUCCACCCAUGGCAUGCUGCCACUGGGAUGGAGGACCUGUCUUCUUUUUUUUUUUUUUCCUUUUCAACUCAGUGACUUUUCGGAGUAACUGUGUGGAUGUGCAUUACUGUAUUGAAACACAUUAUUUGGAAAAAUGGUUCAAAAGUAAACAUUUAAAAUAAGGAAUAAGUUAAAUGAUAUGUUCAGAUUUUCAUCCAGUUGCAUGGCAUUAUAUAGGACUGCAGACUGACAUAGCUAACUGCUCAUGAGUUAUUGCACAGUUUGGAAACUUAGUGCUGUUACUCUUGUCAUUGUUGUAAAGUAAAACUGCUUGGGAUUAUUUAAAUGACUGCAAAGUUAAGUUAUCAGCACACUGUAUUUUGUUUUAAAUGAAGAGUUUACCUAAAACUAUUCUAUCACUCAGAUAAGUGAUCAUUUCUUAACUUUGUCUUAAUUUGAGGAAGUAGAGACAGGAUCUUACCAGUGAAUUUGCAUCAUUGCCAAACAUCAUAUUACCACGUUAAACUCCGAUGUUUCCUUCUCAUUAAAUAGCGUCCACAGAUCUAUUAAUAUAAACAGUAACAUGUCUGCUGUAUGCUCAAAUAGCCAAAUACAACAGUGUGUUUGUAGAUCAGAGUCACAUAAUUUGAGACCUUAUUUAAAACAGUGCUGUAAAAGGGAUAUGUAACCAAGUUUCAUCAAAGGAAAACUAUCCCAAGUUCAUUAAAAUAGCAACUAACCUGAAAUUAUGUCUGUAUCCAACUAUAGCAGCUUUCUUUCCAGUGUUGUUCACUUAGCUGCCCACAUACUAAUACGUCUGAGGAUGUCACUGAGGAGUCAGUUAUUAGAGGCUCCUAACAUAUGAAAUAAAAAAAGGCCAGUGUUUAGUUUUUCCACACUUACGGAAAGUUGUCACUUUGGUCGGUAUUACGAACCCACCAUCUCAUUGAUAAGUUGUGUUGUGUUGAUUACACUAUUGCAGCAUGCUCAUCAUGCAGGAUUUAUAUGGAUAAGAACACAGAUGCCUUGCUUGUUUGUUCACCAAUGUUGUGCACUGAAUCAAGCCACAAUAUUGUAAAUUAUACAAGAAGCCUGCUGACUGGUUCAUGGCUUCACUAGUUGUUUUGUAGAGCUGGUAGAUAAAGAGUCUGUCCUCAGAUAUGGUUAACACUUACUAACACCCUUGCUGUAAAAAGUGCAGAGAGGUUAGUUGCAGUACUUUUUGCUGUAUUGCUAUUGCCUGUGUAGGACUGUUGCUUUUAUGUGUUUAUUUAUUUUGUAAGUUGGACAUACAGAUAACAUUGUAUGCUUGACCAAAAUUACACAUUCUGACACGCAUGUUUGAAAAUUUAUUUUAUUUAUUGUUUGCGUGUCUGCUGGGACUCCAACUAAAGGCGAUAUUGAGGCUUGGUAAUGUUUUUUCUUGUCACACUGCAAGAAAUGACUUUUUGCAGUGUAUGUGCUCAGUAGCUUGGUUCACACAGGUAAAGGCUGCACCUUCUCCAAACACACAUAAUACACACACUGUAACAUAAACCAACUAACUAGCCAUAGCACAACAAAAGAUACUGGUCAUUUGCUGCAGCUUGUUUUGAAAUGUCAACAUUUUAAAAUGGAUUUAAGUAUUUCAUUAGAUUAAAAAAAAACAUUUUA